AUAAAUACAAGUUUAUAGAUGGGUCCAAAGCAAUCUAAAGAUAAAAAGUAAGAACCUCAGAAGCAGCAACCUUAAAAGCCUAAGGCCUAGUAGAAAAAUGUGAAAUAGAAGCCAGUCGAAGUGACUGAUGAUAUAUGGAUGUACGAUUUGAUUUUGUAGUAUUUGGCUUCACCAAUAUGGAGGAACCCCAUAUCAGACUUUUUGGAUGAGAAUUGCAUAAUUUUUGAUGAUGAGGAGGAGAAUAAGAUUGUGUAUCAAGAGAUUCAUAAGAAAUUCAAAGGUAUGAUUGAGGCGAUGAUUGAAUAAUUAAUGGUUGACAUAGGAGUGGAGGAUGAAGAAUAAUUGAGAAAGGUAAUUGAAAUAGGAUUGAAAAAUAAAAAACAUAGAAAGUAUUUUGAGUAAUUGCUGAUUGUUGAGAAUUUCUUAGUGUUCAAAAAGUUGAUGUUGAAAAGAAACAAGGAAUUGGAAUAUGAAGCCUUAAAGGAAUUGUAGAAAAUAGAUGGUGGAAAAAAUCCUGAAAUGGAUAUUAAAGUGAAAUAAGCUGAGCUUGAAAAAGAAAGAAUGGAAAUUGAACAUGCUGUUGCAAUGUCAAUAGCUGUUGAAAAUGAAAAGGCCAAAAUCCAAAUUCAAGAAGAUGAGGAUUUCAUUGAAGCAAUAAGAUAAAGUUAAAUAGCAUAUGAAAAAUAGUAGGAAGAAAUUUUAUUAAGCUAAGCCCCAAUAUAGAAUCAAUAACCAUAACCUUAACCUGAUUAAAAGGCUGAAUCCAUAUUGAUUUUUGAUGAGGAAGUCCCAUCUAAAAUUAUUCAACCAUAAAUAAAACCAUAAGAAAAAUAAGAGCCUGCACCAAUUAAAUAACGAGAGCCUCUUCCACAGAUAGUUUAAUAAAAAGUUGAAGUUAUGUCUUUGGCUCAAGAAAGAGAAGCAUUACUUGCUCAAGGAAAUCAAUUAAAAGAAAAUUUAAAGGAAAUUGAAGAAACUUUUAAAUAAAAUAUCAAAAAUUAAUAAGAUUAGGAGACUUUGGAAUAAAGAAAAUAAAGAUUGUAAUAACAAAGAGAAUUAAUUAAGUAGAAGAAGAUCAAAGAGAGAUAAGAUGAAUUGAAGAAAUAUUAAGAUGGUGAGCAACAAGAAUAAAAACCUGAAUAAUAGGAGAAAGGUCCUCUAGUAGUGGAUAUGACAGAAUUCGUGGCUGACCAAAAGAGAGCUUAGGAGUUGGAGUUGAAGAAAUAGGAAUUAAAAAAGAGAGCAGAAUUAUUGAAGAAAAUAAAAUAAGAUGCAUUACAAGAAUAAGGAUGA